GAAUCUAUCAUGGGGAAAUCAGUUCUAGAGAGCAGAGAGUGGUACAUGGCGGCCUACGUACCUCAGGGUCUUCCGACGUCUGAACAUAUCAAGCUUCGCAGCGUGCCGUUCUCGCUGGCCGCCGAUUCAAUCCCGGACAACCACGUUGCCAUUGAGCUUCUCUUCAUUUCUAUCGAUCCUUAUCUUCGCGGCAGAAUGGUCGGCCACGAAGAGGGUCUCUACUUUCUUCAGGUCAAGCUUAACGAGGUGAUAACAGCGGUUGGUGUUGGAAGGGUGAUAGGAUCAAAGGACGAAAAGUUUAAGGAAGGAGAUUUUCUGUUCGAUUUCUAUUUGCCAGUUGCAGAGUAUUCUGUGGUACCAACUGAUUCAAUGUUCAUGAGAAAGCUGGAUCUUGAUUCUGGGAUUCCAUUGCUGGAGUAUCUCUCUGCCCUAGGAUUACCAGGGUUUGCUGCAUGGGUAGGCAUUGAGUUGGUGGGAGAGGCGAAGCCAGGAUCCAACGUCUUUAUCUCCGCCGCUGCCGGCGGCGUAGGAAUGUACGCCGGACAAUUAGCUAAGCUUAGAGGCUGCAGGGUCGUAGAGAGCACCGGUUCCGACGAUAAAGUAAAGAUGUUGAAGGAGGAACUUGGAUAUGAUGAUGCAUUCAACUACAGAGCUGAGUCGGAUUUUGAUGCAUCUCUCACCAAUGGGAUAUCACCACCAACAUUCUUCAUGAAUAAGGUCAUUCCUUCUUUUCCGUAUAAGCAAGGUAGUCACGAAAAAUAUGAUCUUCUAGCUGAUAAUGCCAUGGGAACUGAUGUUAAUCGUGCAGAUUCCAACUAA